AUGGAUCUAGUCGAUUUAACAAGAAAAGAAUUAACAGAACUAAGAUCAGAUGCAAGUUAUUCACUAUUAUAUAACAAAGCUAAAACACAUGCUUUAGGCCUUGGUAUAACAGUUGAGGAGGAACAAGAAAGAAAUACUCGUCUUAGAAGAAAACUGCAACCAUCUAAGAAACUUGAAGAAUAUUAUGUAAUGAGUACUACUGGAAAAUGUGAAUCAAUGAAAUCUCUUAAAGUGAAAAAUUUUAAAACUGAAGUUUUUUAUUGCUGCAUUGACAGGUUUCUUCAACAGCUGAAUGAAACAUUUUCUGAGAAAAGCAAAGAUUUGUUUAAGCUGUUUGAAAUUUUUGAUGCAUCCAGCAAUAAUUUUUUUUAA